AAAAUGUUGAGAACAGGUAUUUUUUUAAUAUUGAUGUUGGCAUGUUUCAUGUCUGUUUUUGGACGUUUUCUGUCUACUGACUGUCAGUAUAUGGAUCCUACUACUGGUAAAAAAUAUGAUCUGAGACCUCUCAUAUCCAGUAAUCCAGCAGGUUAUACAUGGAAUCAGACAAUUUGGUCUAUUGGGGGAUACUCUCUGGACAGCUUGAGCAAUGAUGUCCAGGUCAAUGUCUCUUUCCAGUUACAACUGUGUAAAGAUAUUCAGCCAAUCUUUAAAGGGUGUAACAGUACUGGUGCAGCAUAUUCUUAUGAUAUGAAGAAUGGAUGUAUCAACUGGGGACAAGCUACAGCUGCAGCAUUUGAUGUUGUGCCAUUUAAGGAUGGUGUGUUCUUACAGAUGUUCCACGGAGACAAGAUUAACCACUGGCAGAAAUACAUGUCCAAUAUUUACAUUGUCUGCGAUAAAACAGUUACUCAACCCAUGCCUAUGUUUGAACAUAUAAAGUCUGAUAUUUCUCAAGCUCACUUUAAAAUUAGAACAAAACUCAUGUGUUAAUAUUAAUAUUAGUAAUAGUAUAUUUAUAUUAAAGUAGUACAACUAAGUUUUCAGUUGUAAGAAUCUUA